GCCUCUUCUCAUCUCUUUCUUCCUUAAAAGAGGGGCUUUGGGUUCACUAAUCCUUUUUGCCACGCCCCUUUUCACACUUGGUUAACUGUUCAAAACUGGUUCUCUACUGUUCACCACCCAUUUGUACAUGAGACUACGCCGUUUUCCAUUACUGUUCAUUAUCCAGUUUCCUUAAGCAGAUUAACCCUUUCCUGUUCCUUUCAUUUUCGCUUUCCCUCAAAUUGCAUCUCUUGAUUAAUAUACCUGGAGCUUUCCUUAACCAUUAAGGAGAGAAAUUAAAGAAGAAAUCAAUGAUGAAGCACAGAAUGAUGUAUCCAUAGCAAAUGGAGAUUCUGACUCUUACGAGAAUCAGCCAAAAAGGAAGAAACAUAGAGAAAAAGAGAAACGAUGGGAAAACGACAUUGUAUCGCCAGAUAAUGAGAUGCCCCCCUUAAACACUGUUGUUCCUGGCUCCAUUAUCCUCAACAUUUUGUCCUGUGAACUCGCGACUCGGUUGGCUGGUCAGAUCGCUCGUGCUGCCACCAUUUUUCAAAUUGAUGAGGUGAUGGUAUUUGACAACAAGAGUAAAUCAAAGGACGAUUCAACUGAUAUGGUGGAAAAUAAUUUAGAUGAAUAUGGGACUGGAGCUGCUUUUCUUUAUUUUCAUGGGUAAGUCAUAUGGUUAAAUGUAUAAACAUAAUACUUAAAUUGUUCUUUACAUGAACAUGAUAUUUGAUCAUUAC